AUGGCAAGCAAUAGUGACAAGUGCCUUAUAUCAAAAGAGGUGACAAUUGAAAUUCUUUCGAGGCUGCGUGUAAAAUCAUUGAUUCGAUUUGGAUGUGUUUGCAAAUAUUGGAACUCUCUCGUACGAAAUUCUAGUUUCAUUAACAAGCACCUCCAUCAUCCUAACAACAUUUCAGGUCUCCUUGUUCAGCAUCACAAUUAUAAUAUCGAAAAAUAUGUUUUUGCUUUGUUCUCUGAUGAAACGCUCUCAAGCGUGCCGUGUUCAUAUCACGAUAUUAAUGAUCUUCAAAUGCCGAGCAUUCCACUGGCUGUUAUAGGACCCAUCGAUGGAAUAUUUUGUCUAUUUACUGGUUGGGAUCCACAUCGCAUGGCUAUGUGGAAUCCAGCCACAAAAGAAUUUAGGACCCUCACCCUACCAGAUUUUAAAGUUCAGCCCCAUUUUAACCCCUUCUACCAUAAUUUUGGAUGUGGGUUGGAUCCCAUAACAAAAGAUUACAAGGUGAUUUGGAUGCAUUAUAAUUGGGACGACGAAAAAGAAUAUCCUUACAAUCCCAGAAUUGUUGCAGUGUAUACCCUAGGCACUGAUUCUUGGAGACUCUUUGAUUUUGAGAUGACCGAAUGUCUUUCGAUACAUAAUUCUUUGUGUAACACGUACAUGAAUGGAUUUUAUUAUUGGCUGGCCGAUAGUAAUUUUGGUAUCUAUACGCUGCUUUCAUUUGAUAUUCGCACUGAGAACUUUAAAGAGAUACCAGUACCGCCUGAUAUUUCCAAAUCACUAUGGGGUGAUAUUGCCAUGUACAAUGGCCGUAUUGCUAUGAUCCUUUAUGAUCCAAGUUAUGGAGUGGUUGAAAAAUAUAUUUAUACAUGGGUGAUGGAGGAGGACGAUUAUUGGACGAAACAUUUAGCUAUUGGGCCUCUUUUAGAAAUUCAUAGGCCACUUGGAAUUUGGAAGAACGGUGAUCUUUUUCUAGAAUCUGACACUGCACAUUUGCUUUUGCAUGAUCAUAUUACUGAAGAAAUUAAAACCCUUGGACCACGUGGACAACAGCGUUGCCUUGAGAUUUACCUCUACAAGGAAAGUCUAGUUUCUGUUAAAGGAGGAAAUGAAUGCAAGGAGGUGGAUAACAUGCCCUAUUUGGGUCGAGUCCAGGAAUUCUUUAAAUUAGAUGAGGAAUAUGAAAUAAGUGAAGAAGAAUCAUAG